AUGCCAGGCAAAGUCGUCACUCGCGAAGAAUGGCUCACCGCCCGACGAGCCCUCCUCGCCAAAGAAAAAGAACUCACCCACGCGGGCGACGCCCUCGCCGCCGAACGCCGCGCCCUCCCCAUGGUCAAGGUGGACAAGCCCUACCUCUUCCAGGGGCCCGGCAACACGGCGCCGCUCUCCCUCGACGACCUCUUUGGCGGCCAGGAGCAGCUCAUCGUGUACCACUUCAUGUUCGACCCGGCCGACGACGCGGGCUGCCCGGGUUGCACGCACAUGGGCGAGUCCCUCCCCGACGUGCGCCACCUGCGCUUCAAAAACACCAACCUCGUCGCCGUCUCGCGCGCGCCCAUCGCCAAGAUCGAGGCGUACAGGAAGCGCGCGGGCUGGACAACGUUUCCAUGGUACUCCUCUGGCGAGUCCGACUUCAACUACGACUUCCACGCCACGCUCGACGAAGAGAGGGUCGCCCCCAAAGAAUACAACUUUGCAGAGCUCAGCGAGGACGACGCGCGAUUCAGGCCGGACUUCAAGGGCGACGUGCCCGGCUUCAGCGUCUUCUUGAAGCAAGGAGGCGACAUCUAUCACACGUACUCGACGUUCAUGAGGGGAGGCGAAAAGGUGCAGCCUACGUUGACGCUGUUGGACAUGACGCCCUUGGGGAGGAGGCUUGUUUCGCCGGGCGAUUUUAAGCUGCGGAACGAGUAUUGA